AAUUAGCAAAACAUGCAAAUAUAUCCAAGUAUUUUAAGGAUGAACCAAAAUGCAGUUUUAACCUUUUGAAAGAAUGCUUGUGUAAAAUUAAAUCGUUAGGAUACUAUGACCCUAAAGACAGGACUCAGGUUAUAGCCGAUGCAAGUCCUCAGAAUGGACAAGUCGAGCGACAGAAUAGAGACAUUUUAAAAAGGCUCAAAAUCAGUCGAAUACAGAAAACAGACUAGAAGCAGGACCUGUUGGAUUACCUAAUGAUGUAUAACGCAACACCACAUACAACAACAGGAAAACCGCCAGCAGAACUUUUCUUUAGGAGGCAAUUCCGAGACAAAAUACCAGCAAUUCCAACUUUGAACAGUUCUAUCGUAGACGAAGAAACUCGAGACAAUGAUUUGAUAAACAAAUUUUGGGGCAAGAAAUACAGCGACGCCAAAAGAAAAGCAAAAGCGGAUGACAUCCGAAUAGGAGAUCAAGUUUACGUAAAAAAUACAGUAAAGGAAAAUAAUUUGGUACCAAAUUUCAACUCAACGCCUCAUACGGUGGUAAAGAAAAAUGGUAGUGACGUCCAAGUAGAAAACGACGAAACUGGCCAGCAAUACAGACGUAAUGUCGUCCAUUUAAAAAAGACAGAGGGGCAAUGGAAAGUAAUAAACACUGCAGGGGAUGAGGAAACUUCACUUGAGCAAAAUAAUGAACACCAUACUUAAGUCGUAACAUUGUACAUUUCACAC